UUUGCUAAAAAUCAAGCAGUAAUUCAGAGCUCAGGAGCCUAUCUCUGCUUUCUGGAUUCAGAUGAUGUGAUGAUGCCACAGCGGGUUAGGCUGCAGCACCAAGUUGCCAUUCAACACCCAAACAGUAUUGUUGGUUGCCAAGUCAGAAGAGAGCCACUGGACUCCACUGAACGAUACACUCGCUGGAUCAAUAACCUGACCCAAGAGCAACUUCUCACACAGGUGUUCACCUCCCACGGACCCACUGUGAUCAUGCCAACCUGGUUCUGUUCUCGAGAGUGGUUUUUUCACGUGGGAAAAUUUGAUGAGGGGGGAAAGGGGGUCCCAGAAGAUCUGCUGUUUUUUUAUGAACACAUCCAGAAGGGUGGUGAGGUCUUCCGAGUGAACCGCUGCCUCCUGCUCUACCGGUACCACCCGCAGGCUGCGACUCAUUCCGUCCUGGAGGGAACCAUCUGGAACCACCGAGUCAGAUUCCUUGAGGACAGAGUCCUGAGCUCCUGGACAUCCUUCACCAUUUGGAAUGCUGGCAAGCAAGGCAAGAAGCUCUACAGAAGUUUGUCACCAGCUAACAGGAAAAAGGUCAUUGCCUUUUGUGAUGUUGAUGAAAAGAAAAUAACAAAAGGAUUCUACACUUAUGAGGAAUCUGAGGAGAGACCAAAACCAAAGGUCCCUGUGUGUCACUUCAGAGAUGCAGCUCCACCUUUCAUCAUCUGUGUGAAGCUGGAUUUGACAGGUGGAGUGUUUGAAGCAAACCUGGACAUGCUGAACCUGAAGGAAGGGAUGGAUUAUUAUCACUUUAACUAAACCCAAGGUGAGGCAGUGGGACUGAAGCUGUGUUAUGGGUGCAGGAAGACCAAAGUCUUCAGAAUUUUUUAGUAAUUUGUGCUUCAUUAAUUUACUCUUUGGGCUGAGUAACCCCUUUCUAAGGGAGGUCAUAGUUACACCAUGGGUAAUGCUGUGAGCUCAUUGCACAUCACUCAGUUUGACUUUAAAUUGUAUAUCUAAUUUAAAUACCCACCAAACACAGCCCAGAGGGUUACCACACUGUCACCACAGGGAAGCCUCAGGCAAAGCCUGAAGCACUGGAAGAGCAGAGAGGUUUUUAUCACACACUGCCUGGAGCUCUCACCCUGUCCCUGCUCCCAGGAGCAGCUGCUGGUGUUUGCCAAGGGCUCUGCACAGGGGCAGGACUGGGAUUCAAGGAGAACAUCCUUGGAUUUGGGGCUGUGUGAGCAGAACAGCUGUGUCUGUGACAGUACCUGAACAGCUGAGGAGGAGGAGGAGGAGGAUGGAGGCUCAGGGUAAAGUGACAGUGGGCAGUGGAGUUGGGUGACUCAUGGGUGGCUCUUCUCUGGGACUGAAUCAGAUUUUAGAGACUGGAAGUCAAUUGUAAUUAAUAUCCUAAAAGAGCAGGAUCAUCCCAUUUGCAGAGAUGUGUCUAUAAACACACACAGCCCCUGUUCAAGUGCUGGGAGAGUGGGGUUUAAUUAGAGCCAUCAAAUAACAGUGUAAUUACAAGAUCAUGUGGCCUGUGCAUUUGCCCUCCCUGUCACAGGAGUCUCACUAAAGAUCAGUGUUGGAGCAGUUUCAUUUUAUAGGAGUAAGAAAUAGGCUGGC